UUAGAACGGGAUCAGGAUUAUGGGUUUUAUCAUAGCGUUAUAUGAUUGGUGAAUACACAGUAAUCGUAUUGGUAUUUCUUCCCAGUGAAAACUCAUCCAGUUAAUUCAUUAAAUGCGUUUCCUUUAAAAAAGUGAGCAUAGGAUUUAAAAAUCACUUCACUCAAUUUUAUUUGGAAAUAAAAACCAAACCGCAUCAAUCCUCAUGGAAGAGAAUCAUCCGUGGAAAAUAUCGUUAUUUUAUGCCAUUUUUGAUUAAUAUAAAUCUAGAAAAAAACAAUGUUAUAUGUUCAAUUUCCACUUCGUGUAAUCAUAACUAUUGAAGGAUUUAUUGGAGCUAUAUUAAAUUCAUUAUCAUUAUUUGUUGUGUUUAAAACACGUUUUGGUUCAAGGUCAACAACACUAAUGCUAAGAUUACAACCAAUAUUCGAUAUGUCUGCGUGCUUUUUAUACGCAAUGUAUACAGCAACAGAGAAUGGUAGACCGACGAAAAUUUUAUUCAUAGAUAAGAUAUUAUGUUAUUUAUGGUCAAAUAAUAUUGCAUUUUGGUUAGGUGUUGUUUUAAGUGUUCACAAUAUUGUAUGUAUUUCAGUCGAUCGUUUUAUUGCUGUAUUAUUUCCUAUCGUAUAUAAACAACACCAAUUAUUAAUAAUUGUAAUGUUUGCUAUUUAUGAAUUCUGUAUGAUAGGAUUAUUAUUUGUACCGAUAAUAUUUUUCCGACUUUUUAUUAAUGGUACAUGUACGUAUGUGACUGGACCAGAUGGAAUAGACUCAAAUGUAUACAUUGCGUUUCGAGGAUAUACAUGGUUAAUAUUUCAAUAUAUCCUUCCAUUAAUUACUGUUACCAUGUGUCAUGCAUUAAUUGUCAUACAGAUGAAAAAGCGACAACGUCGAUCUACCAAAUCGUUAUCAGUGGCUGAAAUUUCACAUAUUGAUGGUUUGCAACAACAUGUAGACCAUGCAUCGAAUGAGAAUAAAAGGUUAGUUGGUUUAGUAGUGAUCACUGCAUUGAUGUCAAGUCAACAGGCUAUACUGCAUUCAUACGAGAAUAUACGUUAUUUCUUGACAAUGUUAAACAUUGUCAUAUUUAGUUAUGGUACAGUUGGUCAACAAAUGGGACCGUUUCUGAUUCUAUUAAGUAGUUGUAUAAAUCCAUGUAUACUUAUUGGGACAACAGUAUCAUUGCGCAGACAAUUUUCAAGUUAUGUACACAAAAUAUGGACUGUAAUCAGGAGAAAAUGAAACUCUCUAUGAUCUUUGUUUCUGUCUUUGAAUUUUAAAGUCAUUUUGGCGCCACUGUUACCCUUCAUAGUUAGUAUCACACUUUUGCCUGUAAUUUCGGAGCUAAAUCCUUCGUCUGUUAGUCAUGUUCAAAUGUUC